AUGGCAGCUGAGAUGAAGCAGCUCCUCUUCCUCUUCCUCGGGCUGAUCGCCAGUUCCAUCCAGAUCGAGGACAACAAGAUCCCGAGCCUGUGCUCUGGGCAGCCCGGAAUCCCAGGCACACCCGGCAUCCACGGAAGCCAGGGUCUUCCAGGCAGAGAUGGACGCGACGGCCGGGACGGAGCAGCCGGGACGCAGGGAGAGAAGGGAGAGAUCGGGCAACCUGGAGUCCCAGGUCCCCGCGGGGACAGCGGCAGCCCCGGCAUGAACGGUCUGAAUGGGGAGAAGGGGGUGCAGGGGGAGUGUGCGGUGGCUCCCCGCUCAGCCUUCACCGCCAAGCGCUCGGAGUCGCGCAGCCCGCCCUUGGCGGACCAGCCCAUCCGCUUUGACGUAGUGCUGAUCAAUGAGCAGGGCCACUAUGACGCGGACACGGGCAAGUUCACCUGCGAGAUCCCCGGCGUCUACUACUUCGCCGUCCACGCCACCGUGUACCGCGCCAGCCUGCAGUUUGACAUCAUGAAGAACGGCCAUUCGGUGGCCUCCUUCUUCCAGUUCUACGGCAACUGGCCCAAGCCCACCUCGCUGUCGGGCGGCGCCCUGGUGCGCCUGGAGCCCGAGGACGAAGUGUGGGUUCAAGUCGGGGUGGGCGACUACAUCGGCUUCUACUCCAGCAUCAAGACGGACAGCACCUUCACCGGCUUCCUGGUGUACACCUACUGGCAGAACUCCGCCGUCUUCGCCUGA